AUGGCAGAUACGAUUCAGACUGCAUUGACCGGUCAAGGUCAGUCCUCGGGCUCUACUCCGGUUCAGUAUGUGGAGACUGUCGAGGCGUAUAACCAGUGGGCAGAGGUCUACGACACCGACGGAAACUUCCUACAAGCGCUCGACACCAUCGAAAUGAUCCAAUUACUCCCGCUCUUUCUAACCCGAGUAGCCUCCUCAUCUAGCUCGACAAAGCUCGUCGAUCUAGGUUGCGGUACAGGUCGAAACACCCUCCGACUAGCGCAACUGGCUCCCCCGGGUACCGAAGUAGUUGGGGUGGAUGCGUCGCCGGGAAUGUUGGAGGUUGCGCGGGAGACGAUUCGUAAAGCGACAGAGCGUGACAAGGACGAGGACGAGGGCUUCUCUGGGUCUAUUUCGUUGGAUACGUUUGAUCUGCUGCGGUCGCCGCCCGCACCGCCGGAAUGUGCUCUCGGAGCUGCAGGGGUGAUCUCGACGCUGGUGCUGGAGCAUAUCCCCGUGACGCGGUUCUUUGAAGGCGCUGCGGCGCUGCUGGCACCGGGUGGGUAUCUGUUGGUUACGAAUAUGCAUUCGGAUAUGGGGGCUAUCAGCCAGGCUGGGUUUGUGGAUACGGCGACUGGCACGAAGAUCCGGCCCACGAGUUACUCUCAUACGGUGGAUGAGGUGGUGGAUGCGGCGCAGAAGGCUGGGUUCACGGUCGAGCAGAUGGAAGGGGAGAGAGUGCGCGAGAGGAUGGUGGAUCAGGAUUUGGCAGAGAGGCUGGGGAAGAGGGCGAAGAAAUGGGUUGGCAUAACGGUGUGGUUUGGGGUUUGUUUUAGGAAGAAUGCGGUAUGA